GAGUUUUGUAUAUAUUAUCUCCAAAAACUUAUAAUUCACAUGAAAUUAAAGCCAAUUAUUUAUUGUCUUUAGUUUGUUUGUGUCUAUAAUUAUAUUCACGUCUAUCGCCUGUCGGGCCUAUAAAUCUGUUCUCAUAUUUUAAAACAAAAAACUUUUUUCCAUAUUUUUUAGUGCAUUUCGUGUAACAAAAAACGAAAAGCAAAGUCGAGUCCCAAGAAUCGUGUCGUUCGGUACCUAUCGGUCGAGUCUCCCUCACCACAGCUCACCAACACAUCCUCGUCCUCAUCCACGUCCUCCUCAUCGCCGCCCACGAGCUCGUCGUCCGUCUCGUCCACACCAACCGCCACCACCACCGCAGGCCCCCCGAUGGCGCCCAACGAUAGCCACCACUCGGCCACCUCCCAGCCCUCGGCCCCCAGUCCGGGUCUGGUGCUGUUCAACAGCGAGGAGCAGUCGGACAUUGUGUUUAUGGUGGGCAACGAAGGUGAGCCGAGUUGGCGCAUACCGGCCCACUCGUUCAUCGUCGAGAACGCCAGCCCUGUGUUCAAAGCCAUCGUCGACACCACCGACCGCACCGGUCAACAGCAGACCACUAUCAGGCAAAUCAAUUACUGCAAGCCUGAGGUGUUUCGCAUCAUUUUGAGAUACAUCUACACGAAUGAGAUCGCGAUGGGGUCGGUGCCGACGGCGCUCACCCUAUUCACGGCCGCCAACCAAUUCCUACUGAACGACUUGUGCCGCCAAUGCCUCGCAUUCCUGUACGACCACUGCCGGGCCGACAACGUGCUCGACAUGUUGGCCCACUUCACGCAGUUCUCGUACCUGAGGCCGGCCUACUUGGCGCCUGACAUCAACACGUUUAACGGCGCUGGCGGGUGCCCAUCAUCUCCGUCGGCACUCAACCGCCAGUCCUCACUCCAGUUCCACAGCAACUGCGACAACGUGCUGAACGAGCUGAUCACCCGGUGCUACCACACGCUGGACAGGGAGGCAGCCGUCAUACUCGAGUCGGAGGCGUUCGCGAACCUCGAGCACGACCUGGUCGUGAAGAUACUGAGCCGGGACACCCUAAACGUGGCCACCGAGUCGACGGUGUGGGAGGCCAUCAAAAGCUGGUCGUGCCAGCAGUGCGCGCGCGAGUGCCGCGAGUUGACGGCCGACAACCGGCGCUCAGUGCUCGGCAAAGCCCUCUACUGUCCCCGGUAUCUGACGAUGACGGCCGACGAGUUCAUGAGGGGUCCGCACGCCGGCGACCUGCUGUCCGAACAGGAACGCCAGGCCCUCCUGGCCCGGCUCACCGGCGACGCCCAGUGGCCACUGCCUGUCCACCUGACGGGCCGCAAGUUGGACGUCAGGCGCGCGUUUGUCGACCAGUCGCCGGCCCGGGGCAGCCGUUUGGCUGAUGAUAGGGUGUUGAGCGCCGACAUGUCGCCGACGGAUGGGUCGAUGAAUGGGCGCACGAGUGGUGCGAAUGCGGGUAUUGUGGCGAAGAAGAAGUCGACGUCGAAAAAGUUGUUGAACGGGUUGGGAGAUCUGGUUAUCUGUGUUAUUCGACUGCUCGACUAAACGCCAUGUCCUCCGUGGUCAGGGGGAGGAGGGGAUGGUAGCCUUUAGAGGCUAUUAUUUUUGUCAUUCAUUCAUCAGUUUUAUGAUAUGUUUUCCCGUUUUUUGUAUCGCUUUUCGAGUUGUUUUUCGUUUUGUUUGUUUUCGGAUCCGUUUAUACAUUCAAUACAAUGAUUAUACAGAAUAUUCUUAUUAUUACUUAUUAUACAGUUAUAAGUAAAUUGUAACGAAACAGAGUUUUAUCGAUAUUUAUGACGAUAUAUAUAUAAAUCAUAUUGUUUUCACUUUUCUCUUUGCAAUCAAUAUAUAUUAUAAACACUGUUAUUAUUACUUAAUUGUAAUUUUAUAACUUAAUUAUAACGAC